AAGUCGACAGUGGGAGAUAGAAGUUUGGAAAAUAUCGAAAAAAGGAAAAAGAAAAAACAAAGACGAGUUUUUGGUUCGUUAAAAAAACAUAUGUUAUGCGAUUGGAUAAGAAAAGAAUAUUGAAUUAUUAGUAUGCUUCUGCUAUACUGUAUGAUUAUUAUUAUUAUUAAUUUUAAAAAUAAUUUGUACGAUUAUACAAAUAGUAUUUCUCAAAAAGUUUGAUGAGGCUGUGCAUCUGUUUUUCUUUGUAAUUUCCGGAAAACUUUGUAGCAAGCACAUUUCCUUUCCUUUCGUCCCUAGCAAUGGAUGCAGCAGCGAUACUUGCCGAUACCAUCUCUGACAUCUUACGAUGUAGUGACUCCCUAGCACCUUCAGCAACUCACAUGUCGGAAGGAGACCUCAAGCUCUUGAAAAUCCACCUCGGAGAGGCCCUUGAAGCGGUUCGGAAAGCCAAACACAACCACUCCAAAGAUUCUCAGACUUGGGUGGAAAACGUUAGGGAAGUGGUGAACAACUUGAGCGAUUUAAUGGAGGAUCUCUCUCUCAAGGACACUAAUAUCACUGCCACAAAAUCGCUUCUGAAAGCUGGCCAUAACAUGGCACUUCGCCUUAAAGCCACGCUGCAACUCAAGGAACUCGAAGCAAAGCUCCAGGGCUUUGUAAAAGUCCUCCCCAACUCAGACCAAACUUUCAAGAAUGCAUUUGGUAGAGAAAAUGAAAAGAAGGAGAUUGUAGAUCAACUCAACUUGUUGGGUAACAAAAACGAAGAAAGCGCGGUUGCUGUUCCUGUGAUUACCAUUGUUGGGGACGCAGGAAUAGGAAAAACACGACUUGCCCGUCUCGUUUGCGAGGAUGACCAAGUCAAAGCUCGUUUUCACAUCCCCAUCUGGGUUUAUGGAAUCCACGAAGCCUCUUCACUCGAAUCCAUCCCCACUCGUGUCACAGAGUCAGCUAAACCUUUCCUUCUUGUGCUGGAUGAUUUAAAAGCUGAGAUCAAAGAGGAAUUUCUUGACACGUUGAAGAAGAAAUUUACACACGGAGGGGCAAUACUCAUAACUACACGCUCCAAUCCUGUUACUGCUGCAACGGUUAAGGCACAUACUGUGCAGUUGCAGGGGCUUAACGAAGAGGAUUCAUGGUCUCUGUUUCACGAAAUUCUUGGAUCUUCAAGCAACAUCAAAGAAGAUACCAAAAGGGGGAUUGUGAAGAAUUGCGGUGGGGUCCCUGAAGCGAUAAUAAUCACAGCAAAGUGGUCAAAUUCUCGUGGUUCCCCCGUUGCCAAAGAACAAGUAUCAGCGCUACCAAAGCUUCACUACUACCUUCAACUUCCCUCGCAUCAGAAGCUGUGUUUUUCUUAUUUCUCACUGUUUCCUAGAGACCAUUUGUUUGAUUCCGAGAUACUAAUUCAUCUCUGGCUAGCCGAAGGAUUUCUUAAGCGGAACCUUUCCUCUAGCAAUAAUCAUCCACGACAAGUUGGGGAAGCGUGUCUCAAAGACUUGGAUCGUUUCGCUUUUCAAGACGUGGAGAAAGACGAGUGUGGUGUUGUUAGGAGGUUUAGAAUGAAGCCUUUAAUGCUUGAGCUUGCAAAGAUAGUGGCUGGUGAAGAGAACAUCAUGCUAAAUUCAGGGGGGGACAAAGUUGACCGUAAAGUUUUGCGAGCUUCGUUUAAUUUCGACUUCGACGUUUCGUGUGGAAUCCCCAAUUCGCUAUUUGAGACUGCGAAGAAACUGAGGACCAUUCUUUUGGUGGCAAAGAGUGAUAAAUCGCGGCUUCCACACGAAGUGAAGAUGAGCGCUUCAACGUGUGAUAAGAUCUUCAACAGCUUCGAGUGCUUGCGCGUGGUGGAUCUCCACGACUUGGGAAUCGCGGUGGUGCCAAACUCUAUUGAGGAAAUGGAGCAGUUAAGGUAUUUGGAUUUGUCCAACAACAACAUAAAGAAGAUUCCGAGUUGCAUUACCCAACUUUCCCAUUUGCAAACGUUGAAACUGUCCCAAUGUUAUAACCUCAGAGAGCUACCGAAGGAUUUGGAGGAUCUUAGUUGUCUGGUGCAUCUUGACAUUGAGGGAUGUAUGGAUCUCACCCACAUGCCACGUGGAAUCAGUAAGCUGAAUUCUCUAGAGACUUUGUCACUCUUUGCGGCCAGCAACAAAUACCCAUUUGGUGGCCUUGUAGAACUCAAGAAGCUCAACAAACUCAGAGGAAACUUGGAAAUUGUACAUCUUGAAAAAUUGGAAGUCCGUGGAAAAAUUGAAGAUAAUCAGUGUUUGAAUGAAAAAGAAAAGCUUCAGCAGCUGGCUUUAAGAUGGGAUCAUUAUGAUGAUGAUGAUGACGACGAUGACGAGGAUGAGGAGGAAGAUAAAAAGAAGAAAGGAAAGGAGAAGGGAAACAAUCAAGACGACAAAAACAAAGACAAAGACAAGGAAUCACUGGAUUUUCUUCAGCCACAUGAAAAUCUGAAAGUGCUAAUUGUUGAGGGGUACAAUGGUCUCAAGUUUUCCGAUUGGCUCUCCUCCAUUAAGAAUCUUGUCAAGUUUUGCUUGAGCGAUUGUCCUAGAUGUGAAUCCCUUCCCGCACUGGAUCAGCUCGGACACCUCAGCGUUCUCGAACUUUGGAGGUUAGACUCUCUCAAAUUCAUUGCUGAAAACCUUGAUACCAAUCAAAACGCAUCAUCCUUUCCAAAGUUGAAGGAACUCACAAUCUCGGAUUGCCCAGAACUUGAAAGUUGGUGGAAAGAUGAGACCUAUGGAAACGGUAAAGAAAAACCAUUCUUUAAUCACAUCUCGAAAUUACAUAUCCAAUGUUGCCCUAAUUUAAAUUGCAUGCCCUUGUAUCCUUAUCUUGAUGAAAAGUUUAUCCUGGUGGAUUCAAGCGUAAUACCAAUGCAAUAUACAAUGCAUGCUAAAACUUCAAAGGAUUCUCCUUCUUUCUCUAAAUUGAAGUCCAUGAUAAUUGAGCGCAUUGAUGUAUCUCCCCCACCCACGUGGCUUAUAAACUUCACUUCCCUUGAGGACCUUCACAUUCGGGAUUGCUCUAAAUUGGAGAAUCUACCCCAAGGAUUCAAAAGCAUGAGCUCUCUCAGGCGUCUCACCAUUGAGAAAUGCCGGAAUCUUGAUCUUGACCGUUCCAGCGAGGAAUGGAGUGGUCUGAAGAAACUUUAUUCUCUUAUACUGAGGGAAAUUCCACGUCUGAAAUCCCUUCCAAAGGGAAUUGAGCACGUUACGUCUCUGAGAGUGCUAGAGCUUUAUCAAUGCUCGGCCUUAAGUUCUCUGAAGGAAGGCAUAAGCAAACUCACUUCACUUAAAAAAUUGGUGAUUUCUGAAUGCAGAAAGUUGGGUUCGUUGCCCAAAGGAAUGGAAGAGUUGAAGGAUCUUGAAACGUUGAAAAUUAUGGACUGUCCGUUGUUGAUGACAAGGUGUCAACCAGACACGGGUGAUGACUGGCCACAGAUUAAAGACGUCAAAAAUAUCGUACUGAGGCAAACUUCUAAAGACAUGGGAAAAGAUUUCUAUUACUGAAAUGCUUCAAGAGCGUUACGUUCUGUAGAAUCACCUUUUUCUUUUCACCGUCGGGUAUAAAGAAACUUGGGAAGGAGAUUUUGGAAUGUUGGAAAUGUAAAGUUCGGUGUAAAAGUGAAAUUUUUCCAAUGGUAUGAAGAUGAUGAAGGGAUAAGCAGGAUAUUGUCCUAUUCAAGCAAAGGAAAAGAGAAGUUUCAUUUGCCUUUAAAACUUAACUAGACAAAACUGCAGAACGUUAAGGAUUCUAAUUACUUGUUAUGUAUUUGAGUUUAUGUAUUAUGGUUUUGCUGCGGACAAUUGGUAGUAACAAACCAUUUUUAAUUGGCACGUAUUGAGUUCACUUAUUAUUGUAACUGGUACGAAUUUAGCAGUAUUUUCUAUGAAUUCUACGUAACACUUAAAACUCUUAUUUUAAUGAGAGUUGAUACAUGUGGUGUUGUUUGCAUUGCUUUGUAUUUUGGUUAUAUGAGAAGAUUAACAUUUUAUC